CUUUCUUUUUUUUUUUUUGGUUAUUUUUUGGAUGAGGUUAUUGUUUGGCAAAUGACAUUGCAGCCCGUAUAAUGGCAAAACCAAAGAAGUUUGGGUCAAAUUAUGAAUUGAUGUGUCGGAUAUUCAUGAUUUUGAGUUCCAAUUCUUACUUUAUAUUAUUAUACAGAGCAAAUGAACUUAUGAGAGAGAGAGAGAUAGGGUAACCCCAACAACACAAUUCAGAAAAGGUGGGGGGAUAUUUUGAUGUGGAUGAUGGAUAGAUGGAUGCUUGUUUUCUGUAUGAUCCACUUCACUCACUCUCUCCUCGAUUGAGCUUUCUCUUAAUUAACACCCAGUUGAUCAAAAUUUCAUCUACCCCAAACAUCGUAAUAAAUCAUUUGAUUAAACCUGCUAACAUGAUGAAAUCAAAAAGAUUCAGUCUCCUUUUCUAUCUGUCAUCUGUAACAAAUCAUCGUGCUAUUUUUGAUUGGGAAGAAAUCACAAGAGUAAAUUGAUUGAGGCACAACAUAAAAUAAAAUUUGAUUUGAUUUGAUUAUAUGAAAUGAGUGACUAAAUUCCAAGGUAGCAAUAAAUCCCAAAAGGAUCUUCUCCAUAUCCACACACACACAUGUAUAUAUAGUAUUAAAUUAAGAAAGUAUAAAGCUGACGGCGGUGUUGUCUUGUGUAAAAGGAAAAGUUACAUAAGAAUCACUCCAAUGUAGUAUUUCCACAUAGGAUAGGACAGUCAUUGGAAAAGCUGAAACACAACAGAGAACAGAGAGAAUAGUAAGUUUGCUUCUAAUCCAAACAAUGCCCGCCCCCCCACCAAAAAAAAAAAAAAGCCAGCCACUACCACCAUCACCAUCUACAUCUAAAUCCUCCUCCUCAAGCAAUCAAUAUAGUAUAAUCUAUAUCUAUAUAUAUAGCUGUUUCAUUAUUUGAUCAUUGAGAGAGAGAGAGAGAGAGAGAGAGGGAGAGAGCUUCCCUUCCACGGUGAUGGAGGAAGCAGCAGUGGUGGAAGGUCUGUUGUGCGGCGAUGGACAGAGACAGAUAUUAGCAGCGAAAAGAGUAUGCAAAGCAACGAGUAAGCAAAGGCACAAGUUGGCCGAAAGAGUUGUGGCACCAUUGGUUAUGAUGCUUCAUCCGCGGCAACAGCAGCAGGUGCAGGACUAUGACACCAUUGAAGCUGCUCUCUUCGCUCUCCUUAGUCUUGCCUCCGGCAGUGAACAAAACAAGAUCCAUAUUGUGAAAUCUGGAGCUGUGCCGGCAUUGUUAAAGCUCCUUCAUUGCCAAAUCGAAUCACUCUUCAAUCUAGUGAUAGCAGCUCUCUUGAUCCUCUCUUCUUGUACAGCAAAUAAGCUGGCCAUUGCAGCUUCUGGGGCUAUUCAACUCCUCAUUGAGUUCCUCAAUUCAGAGUACACCAAUGACAACAACCACCAAGAUAACAACAACAACAACAACAUCAUCAUCAGCAUCCAAGCAAAGCUCGAUAUCAUAGCCACUCUCCAUAAUCUCUCUACUUAUCACCAAACUAUCCCCUCAAUUGUUCUAUCUGGUGUGGUAGUUUCUUUGGUUCAACUAAUCUGUGGCUAUGAAAAAUCAUCGGAGUUGGUUGACAAGGCAAUGGCAUUGCUCGAAAGAAUUGUUUCUUCAUCAGAGUCUGCUCUAACGGAGGCUGCUAGCACAGGUGGAACGAUUCAGGCAUUGGUUGAGGCUCUUGAGGAGGGUUCACCCCUAUGCAAAGAGAAUGCAGUGGGAAUCCUAGUUCUCAUAUGCCAAAGCUGCAGAGAGAGAUACAGAGGGAUGAUUUUGAGGGAAGGAGUGAUGCCGGGGCUGCUUCAGUUGAGCGUGGACGGAACAUGGAGAGCUAAGGAAAUGGCCCGUGCUCUGCUACUACUUCUAAGAGAUUGCUCGAGUCAUCAUCAUGGCAGUUCGAGAAACAAACAAUGGAAGAAUGUGCUUUUGGAGCGGGCUAUGGAACAAAUUGAUGCAGAUGAGAGGGUGGGCACAGCACUGAGGCUGGUGGAGGAGACGAUUGCGAAGCUCAGUGCUUAAUCACUCUUCAAUCUAGUGAUAGCAGCUCUCUUGAUCCU